GCCUCAGCUUCCCUUGGAGAGAAAGAACCCACCUCCUACCCCCUUCUCCCCCCCGCCCCGCGAUAUUUUACAUUAUAUACGGAGGCGAUCUCCGCGAUCAGCUGCCGCUGUCCUCCCUAGCCCUGAAACUGCAACCUGAUUUAUUGGUUCCCUUUUCUUAUUCUUGUUUCUCCUUUUAAAUCUCCCCCAAACACUCGGCAUCUGCAAACCCAUGGCUUCCAGGUCGCCAAGGUAGCUCCCUUUUCUGAUUUCUUCUUUCUACACCCCAACCCCAAAUCCUGGAAGACCAAAUAUUGACACCCUUCUUUUCCUAACCCUUGCUUUUCCAUCUUCUGUAUCCUUUGGUUCCUCCUGUCUUCCUUUUGCACACAAGUAUCACUUCCCAAAGCUUGCCUCCCACCCCUGUGUUGUUUGCUUUUUUUUUUCUUUGGCUUUUACCUGUUUUCCGUUUCAUCAGGGUCAUUUGGGGUCACCUAACCAAGAUCCUGCAUUUGUCCCUAUCUACAUACACUUGAUCUCCAUUGCAAUAUUCUCAAGAAGGAUCCCCUUUGGAAUAUCCUCAGAAAGGGCUCCGUCUUCCAAACCUGCUCCUGAUAGCUUUGGGCCCACUUCCUGGCAGAAUCCCCCAUCAUUUCUCAUCGCCCCCAAUUCAUUUUCUCCUUCCUAAGCACCCCUCUGCAAACCUGCAAUAAUGGACUUCUUUCUUAGCGGGGUGGCGGCUUGUGGGGCUUGCCUGUUCACCAACCCUCUGGAGGUGGUAAAGACCCGCAUGCAGCUGCAAGGUGAACUCCGUGCUCCUGGCACCUACACCCGCCAUUACCGCAACGUCUUCCACGCCUUCUACACCAUCGGACGGGUGGACGGCCUAGCGGCGCUCCAGAGGGGCCUGCUGCCCGCCUUGUUGUACCAGUUUAGCAUGAACGGCAUCCGCCUGGGGUCUUACGGGAUUGCAGAGUCGGCCGGCUACACUCGCACCUGUGACGGACACCUCAGCCCGCUGCGCAGCACAUUGGCUGGGGCAUUGGCUGGGGUGAUGGGUGCCGUCACAAGCAGCCCAAUCUACCUGGUCAAGACCCACAUCCAGGCGCAGUCAGCUGCGGAGAUUGCCGUAGGGCAUCAGUACCAGCAUGAGGGGAUGGUCCACGCUUUGGUGAUGAUCCACAGAGAGCACGGCAUGGCGGGACUUUGGCGGGGGGCUAUCUCAGCCGUUCCCCGAGUCAUGGUGGGAUCCGCUACGCAGCUGACGACUUUCACCUCUUCCAAGGAGUUCAUUGGCAACCUUGGGAUCUUUCCUAAAAACAGCUGGCUGGUGGCCUUGUCUGCUGGGAUGACGAGCAGCUUCACCAUCGCCAUCGCCAUGACCCCCUUUGAUGUGGCUAGCACCCGACUCUACAACCAACCUGUGAGCCCCGAGGGUCAGGGUUUGAUGUAUAAGGGUCUUCUUGAUUGCCUUGCCAAAAUAAUCCGCACAGAGGGUCUCCUUGGCAUCUACAAGGGACUCGGAGCCUCCUACUUCCGCAUCGGGCCACACACCAUCCUCAGCUUGCUCUUCUGGGACCAACUGCGCGAGACUUAUGCCCGCUGGACGCAGCAGCGGUGAUACCAAUUGUCGCUGGAAGUGUCAAGAGACCAACACGAUUUCCCUGGCUCCUCUCUGACCGGGAGGUGCUCACAUUGGCAAAGCGGGUCCUUCCCUUUCCUCUCUGCUGCUAUGUACUGGCCCGGGACUGCAAUGAAGCUGCCCGUGAUGUCUUUCGUUGCAUAGAGAAGGCGAGCAAUCAUCUAUUCCUCACACUGCAUCCCACGAUAUGGCAGUUGGUUAUUUCAUGACGUCUCUCCUCUUGGCCUCCUCUCUCGCAGUGCUACUCAGGAGAAGAUCUUUUGCCCCCCAUGCUGACCCCAAAGACCAAAACUACAAUUGCAAUGUGUUGUGAGCCGAACAGACUUAGUGUGUGACUAAGCCGUGCCCUCGCUCUCCUUUAACUCUACUUGGGAGUCCCCUUUGGCUAGGUCAGGCCUGGUCAACUUGUAACCUUCUGAGCUGAAUUAAUCCAACUAGACAUUUGUUGUGGGCUGUUUCUGUCACUCCAGGCUUGGCUGAACUCUUAAGGGCUACUGGAUUGGAUUUGGUUUGAUGGCUCACCUGUUGAGAAGGCUUGCCCCAGGCAUGGUCUCUCUGCUCCGCCAGUGCUUCAACAGCAACAAAGUUGUCCUGUUGGCAAUUGAGAGCUCCUCUCUGGUAGACCUCAGUUGAACAUCAAGAAUCCCACCUCCAGGGUGGUGCUAGAGUAUUAAUACUGUUCCCACCUGCUGCACUGCCUUGGUGUAUCGUCUACCAGCAACCCAGAAGUAGCUAAGAUGGUCCCUGCUCUUUCAAGAAGAGGCAGGCAGGUUUGUGCUCUAAGAAAGUCACUACAUUCCCCCCCAACUCUCACACUGUAUAUCAUUCCUCCUGAGCGACCUGUUAGGGCUGGAGAACUGCAAACAGUAUAAUUGAACUCAAAAUGCAACACUAGUCUUUUAUUAGGACCAACGACAAUAUCAGACAGUAAUGAGCAUGUUUCCAGAUUGCACAGAACUCUUCUUCAAACUGGAUUUUUUAAAAAAUCAGAAAAGAGAGAAAAAAGAUUUCAGGCCAUGAGGGAAAAGCCUCCUGGCAAGGGCGGUCUUAACCACUGGAUAACAGGGCUAACUACACCUAGCUGAGAGAGACCUCCCAUCACCCACAGCUCCAUUUCCCCCCAGGAAGGGAGAAGAUCAGUCUCCUGCCACUGCAUGCCUGCCCUACAUGGGACUCAGGCAGCAGACUUGCAGUGGUGAUUCUGGCCAUCUUGGAUGAGGCAAGGGCCACUCUUGCUUGGCCUUGGUGUGUGUGGGGGGGGGGAGGAGAGAGGUAGUAUCCUAACAGUCGCCCAGGGCCCCAGAAUCACUAAGACCACCACUACCUACUGGGCUGUACUCAUGGUCUGAAAUAUUCCCCCCCCCCCCGGGUAUUUUUUUAAAAUUCAUUUUUAAUUGAAAGUUCUGCUGAAGAAGCAUUCUGGGGAACUGGAAUGCUCGUUUGCUACUUGGUUAAUUUUUCAGUUGGUCCUUGAAGACUAUGGAGCACUUGUGGAGCCUGAGAACUUCUUUUCCUCCCCAGGCAGCAGCACAACUACUUGCAAUCCCUAGUUUCAGGUAGUAGAAAAGCUUUGCUCUGAAGAAGUGAGCUGUGGCUCACGAAAGCUCAUACCCUCCCACUAAUUGUGUUAGUCUCAUAGGUGCUACUGGACUCUUGUUCUUUUCCACUGCCGCAGGCAGGCUAACACGACUACUCAUCUUGAUCUAGUUUCAGGUAGGUAGCCAUGUUAAUCUGCAGCAGAAGAGCAAGAUCCAGAUCUAACAGCACCGUAACGACCAACUCGAUUUCCAACAUAGGAGCUUUAAAGAGUCAAAGCUGAUGAGGGGAAAACUUUGGAAAUUGAAUUGGUCUUUAAAGUGCUGCUGUGCCUGGAUCUCGCAAUUCGUACAAUCGGCUAAAUGGCUACCGUCUUUUCCAAGGAUGCUUUCUGCUGCUGUCCUGCCCUGGCAUGUUUAAGCCAGGGGGUGGGUGGGGUACUCCUAAUUUAAUAUGGUCUGCAAAGAUCUUCCUUGGGGUGGGAAAUCUGCAGAGAUGGGAAGUGGGGCUUGGUCCCAUAGCCCUGGUCAGAGGCAUCUACUCCCCCCCCCCAAUUAUCUUUCCUGCUUACCAAACCUGAGGAAAAAUGAGUAUGUGAAUCAAUUUUACUUUAUGA